UAACACCCAACACGUAAUUGGUUAUUUGAUGUAUAGCCUCUAUGUACAACAACCUACAGGUCCACAGGUCUAAUAUUAAUAACAUUUGUUUUCUGUUCAUCACGUGCAUUAUAGUCCAUUGGCCAAUCACGCUAUUUUACCGAGAUUUCGUCCUAAUAGUUUGGAUGCAGCUAUGGCGGAUGUGGCGCCAGGCAGGAAUGAAAAAUAAAUACAACCCCCAUCUACAUACAAAUCCACUGUGGACAGAUGAUUUCUACACGUUGCCUGAAGUCACAGAAAACUUGCGUGAAAAUUCACCUGUGCCUGAUUCUACUCCAGAUAUGCCAUCAGUGGUAGAAUCUGAGUGCAGAGAAUCAAGCCUUGAUGAUUCUGGUGUCGAUGUGACUGAUGAUACCGCUGAACCAUGUUUAGACGAUGUAAGUGAAGAGAUUCAACUUUACGUCCAGAAACUUAAAAACGAUAAUUUAGAUCUAUUCAUCACCAACGGACGGAUUAAUGAACAAAUUAUGUUUCAAUUAAGAUUCACUGAUGAUCUUCAAUUACGAUAUGAUGAAAGUGUUGAUAUGACUGUCAGUUUAAGAGAGAGAAUACAUGAGUUAGAAUCUCGGGAAGAAAAAUAUAAACAAAGCUCCAACCCCGAAGCUGUAUUAGGAUGCUUUGAAGAGUUAAAAAACAAAAAUGAAGAAUGCUGUAGACUCAAGGCGGACCUAAAACAAGCAACUGAUGAUAUGAAACUGUGGCGAGUCCGGGCUAAUAUUUUGGAUAUUGACAAUGAUUUCUAUAAAAAGAAGAUUGAGGAUUUGAGGGAAAGUAUGAUCGAAAUUUCCCGGGAAAAUUUAGUACAGAAGCAGGCCACAAUUUUAAAGCCGGUUGAGAAUCUGGAAUCUAACAGUCAAGCCCAAGAUAAAGGAUCUAAACCUAAGGAUAUUUUAAUGGAACCACGUUCAAAACCAAGAUCCGAAUCAGGAACACCAAUCGCCAAGGUCUCCACCGUAACAGAAGACUCCAGGGAUGAGAGCAAGAGAGAUACUGAUUCCGGUGUAUCCCUUGAUGAAAAGACUCAGAGGACAAGCAUGGUGCAACAGACAAUAAAGGGUGAUAGAGAAGCUGAACAGAAAGUACCAAUGCUGAAGCACAAGCAGGUAAAAUCCGCUGGCCUACCAACAAGCGACUUUCAUCCGAUUUUGUUGAAACUUGAAAUAUAAGUUUAUAACCCAAAGAUCUCGGUUCUUUUCGAUAUUUGCGCAUAUCGGAUCGGAACUUCGUGAAUUAUGGAUCCUGAUUGUACGAAAAAUCGCUUUUUGUUUAGCUUGUUCUCUAUCCAUCGUUUGCAAAAUGUGGGCGUAUCCUGCCUGGCAGCCGCUGGUUAUAUAAUUUGUCAUUUUGCUGGAUACAGAGUGUAUUACAACUUGUAUAGGUAAUACUGUUAUACAUAUUUUAAAUAUGUCAUAUUAAAAUAACAAGAAAAAUGAUGAGGAGUAUCAUAGUUUUUAUUGUCUGUAUAUAAAUAUAUAUAUGUAUUUACCUCUGCAAUAGUUUAUAAUUUAUGAGAUUAGGGUACAGAAUAUCUUACAAUUUGUAUGUAAUACUCUUAUACAUCAUUUACAUACGAUGUUUUGUCUUGUAUAACUUAAUGAGCAGUCUGUAAUUGUUUGAAUAUUUAUAUUUAUACCUCUGCAAUAUUUAAUACUUGAAGUGGUAUGGAUAGAAUAUUUUAUAUAUACAUUUCUAAAAAAAAAAAAUUGGCCUCAAUUGCCUGUUUGUAUUUAUGUAUGUGUGUGUACCUUUACUCAUGACUUGUUGGGAUAUAAGAUUCAAAUAAUAUUGUUAUUGUUAUAAAUAAAAUA